AUGUGAUGAGGAUAUAUGGGUGACCAAUAAGGUUGAUGAUGAGGCCAGAGACUUGUCGUGGAGGAGUGACUUCUUCUUGAAAGUGGAUUCUGCUAAAUUUAACACUGAUAAUGUGGAAAGCUUCUUUUUGGACGAGGAGAAUAAAAUAGCACUGUGUUGUGAUUAUGACGUAGUGGAAGGUGGACAUAAGACCAUAAUCUACAUUGUUGGAGAGGAUAUGUUUAAAUAA